AUGCUUAAAUCAUGGAGACACUGUUUGACUGUUUCCGUGCUGUUGUUCUGGCCUGUUGUACAGUCUGAAGAACAAUCUAUCGAUUUAACUGGUUUAACUGAUCUUACUCAAGCGCAAACUCCUAUCAUAGCUGGCGUUGAUCAACUCGGACAACCGCAAGUCGUCGAUGACAUUGGAAAUGAGAGCGGCGGGACCAAAAUCACAUUGUCAGAUAAGCCCUCGCAUAAAAUUCCGAAAUUGUAUGGCAUGAUGUAUGAAGACAUCAAUCACUCCGGUGAUGGUGGCUUAUAUGCUGAAUUAUUACGGAACAGAGCUCUUCAAGCGAAAGAUCCGACCAAAAAUCAAGCUGGGGCUUUAGAGGCUUGGUCUGCCGUCAAUGGCAUCAAAUUGAAGGCUGUAGAUUUAUCUAAAUCCUUACCACUCUCUAAAGCUAUACCGAAUGCUUUGGAAAUCACGGUUAAAGCUGGUAUCAAGAUUGACAAAGACUGGGAUUAUACGGCAUCAUUUUAUGCCAGGAUGUCAAAAAAAGGGGAUGUCAGCUGUGGUCCAGAGAUGUCAAUUCAUCUAAGUAGCAAAUCUAAAUCUUCGGAUGCCUUUGCAGAUGAACGUGUAAAAACUCCUUGUCUUAAUGAAAAAUGGCAAAAAUUUAAAGUCAAACUUCGACCUAGUAGGUCUGCUAAAAGUGCUAACAAUGUAUUCAGCAUCAAAUUCAAAUCUACUUCAAAAAAAGAUGAGGUGGUUUAUAUUGCGUUGGCUAGUCUUUUCCCACCAACAUUUAAAAAUCGUAAAAAUGGUGUUAGGGUUGAUUUGGCUGAAGCCACAGCGGAACUCAAGAGAUCUUUUUUUCGAUGGGGAGGUAAUAAUAUUGAAGGUUAUAGUGCGCAAAAUCGUUGGUUGUGGUUCCAAACUAUUGGGCCAUUGACUGAUCGACCUGGACGCAAAGGGAACUGGGGGUAUGUAAAUACUGAUGGCUUUGGAUUGUUCGAAGUGUUGCAAUUCUGCGAAGACUUGAAGAUGGAAUUCAUUGGAUCCGUCUGGGCUGGUCUCAGUUUGUCACCAUUCAAAUCAGUACCUGAGAAGGAGAUUGAUAAAUACAUACAGGAAGCCAUAGAUAUGGGCCCCGAAUCAACAAAACAAGGUGCCUUACGUGCAAAACUAGGCCAUCCGGCUCCUUUCAAGAUGCGAUACGUUGAGAUAGGUAAUGAGGAUUUCUUUGAUGAAAAGACUUAUGGGUACCGAUGGAAACAUCUAGUACCACCCCUCAUGAAAGCAUUCCCUCAUCUCAAAUUUAUAGCCACCACACUCCCACAUAAACCCGAGCUAUCUCCGCUACCAGCAGGCUGGGAUAUCCACACCUACAGGGAACCAAAGGGAUAUUCUGGGAAAACCCAAGAAUAUGACUCCUACUCCCGAGAGGAACCUAAAAUAUUUCAACUCGAAUUUGCUGCAAAUGGACCCAAGUUAGGGCAAGGUCCCAUUUCUCCGACCCUGGAAGGCGCCCUAUCCGAAGCUGCAUACAUGACAGGUUUUGAAAGAAGUAUUGCUUAUGCUCCAACUUACUGUAACGUUCAGACUCGUGAGGCAUCACAAUGGCGCUCUCAGGGUCAUAAGGACACCUUCAUACCAUGUUCAACAGAUGGUGAAGUAUUUUGGUCAGCCACUGUGGAUUCAUCUGAUAGUAGGAUAUUUCUAAAGUUAGUGAAUAUAAGCCCUAAAACAGAACACAAGUUCAGUGUAGAGAUCCCCUAUACUGCUGCUUCAAAAUCAACAGUAUUCACAUUGAGAGCUUCAAAAAAUUCAGAAACACCACCAAGAAAAAGUAGUCUUACAAUCAAGGCCGAAAAGAGGCUUUCAUAUACCCUUCCCCCUCAAACAUUUGCUGUAAUAAUCAUAGAGAAGGCUUCAUAG